AUGUCCGCGAUCCUCUCAACCGACGCCCUCAACGACUUCAUUUCACCUUCCGUAGCCUGCAUCAAACCCAUCGAAAACCUUCCUUCUCAGCCCCAAGACGACCCCUCCGCCCUCGAAAGCGAAGUCAUUCUCGGCGGCCAGCAGCAACCCACAGGCUCUACAGCCACGUCCAACGACGGCCCUUCCAAGAUCUCCCUCACAGACUGUCUAGCCUGUUCUGGCUGCGUCACCUCCGCCGAGGCCGUCCUUGUCAGCCUACAGAGCCACAAUGAGGUCCUGAGUGUUCUAGAUGCGGCCCCGGCACUAAAGGUGCGCGGGCCUGAUGCGAGCGGGCGCUUCAGUGUCGACGGGCUGGAAGACCCGAACGCAAAGCUAUUCGUGGCCAGCGUAAGCCCGCAGACCAGGGCGAGCCUGGCUGCCGCCUGCGGGGCCGGCACGACGGAGAGCCAAGCAGGGAAUAUGAUUGAGGAGCUGCUGAAGGGCGAGCAGGGGCUUAGAGCCGGUGGCAAGUCCAACAAUGGAUUUUCUUGGGUGGUCGACACAAAUACGGCACGCGAGGCAUGUCUGGUGCUCGGGGCCGACGAGGUGCGGGAGGGCGACGCUGUCCUUUCAAAGCCAAUUCUCACGUCGUCAUGUCCGGGUUGGAUAUGUUACGCCGAGAAGACACACCCGCACGUUCUGCCUCACUUGUCCAGAGUGAAGUCGCCACAGGCGCUGAUGGGCACGCUCUUGAAGACGACGCUCAGUAAGAAGCUGGGAAUAACGCCUGAUCGCAUAUGGCAUUUGGCGGUCAUGCCGUGCCUUGAUAAAAAGUUGGAGGCCAGCCGGGAGGAGCUGACUGACAGUGUAUGGGCAGGCGAUGGCACGCCCGGCAGGGGAGUACGGGAUGUCGAUUGUGUCAUCACCAGCAAGGAGGUGUUGAUGCUCUCAGAAUCGCGAGGUAUUGACUUCUUUGGUCUACCCAAAACUCCAGUAUCACAAACGAGCCCUUCAUUCCCCGACCCACGGCUCCACAAGUUCCUCUUCCCCCAACGAAAGGGCCAGCGCCAGUCACCGGCUUCGGGUACUUCGGGCGGAAACCUUCAUUUCAUCCUGCAGGACAUGCUGUUCAGACAUCCCGGCGCACAACUCCAAGCUGUGAGGGGUCGAAAUGUGGAUGUGGUUGAGUAUGUUAUCGUCUCCCAGUCGGGAGAGCCAUUAUUCAAAGCGGCGAAAUAUUACGGAUUCCGCAAUAUUCAAAAUAUCGUCCGCAAGUUGAAACCAGCCAAGGCUUCAAGAAUGCCAGGGGGGAGGCCUUUUGGUUCCGCGAGAAAGCCCGCAGCGCAGGGCAAGAGCCUAGACUAUGGUUAUAUAGAGGUCAUGGCUUGCCCGGGCGGUUGCACCAAUGGUGGGGGCCAGGUGAAGGUGUCGGACGAUUUAAUCGUUGAGCGCAACGGCUGGACUUCUAACCCGGGCCCGGAGGAGCAGAAGCAGUGGUUGGCGCAGGUCGAUGAGGCGUACUUUUCUGCUUCUGACUCAGAGAUGGAGGACGCCGAUGUGUGUGCCUCGAAAGGAGGCGGCGCAGAAGAUUUGGUUGAUGGAAUUUCUCCUUCGUACAUUCGAGAUACCCUUGCGCAUUGGUCGGAUAUCACGGGCAUAGAUCUGGCGAGACUGGCGUGUACAAGCUUCCGGGAGGUGAUCAGUGACGUCGGGAAGGAUAACGACGACAAGGCAAACGUCGUCCAAUUGGCCGGAAAGAUUGGCGGAGGAUGGUAG